AUGAGAUGGAGACUCAACAUGUCACGGGGGCAGACGCGCUAUCCAGGCAAGAGGGCCCAGAGCAGAUGCAUUCGGAAUAGCCAGUGGCUAGGCCUAGGGCGUCAAUGUCAGGAGGCGACAGGACACAGAUGUGCCCAAACACGCCCAGGCAGGUGUCCCUCGCACUGUCCCGCUGGAAGCUGUGAAGGCCCAUCCCGGCCAGCGAUGCUGAUCCUGAGCUGUUCCUCCAAGCUGCGGCUGCUGGAGGGGAUGCUACAGCGGGGCCUGCCUGACACGCUGCCGGUCUACGGCGCUGUGAUGCAUGUGAACCGCGGGAACCCGGCUGGCCAGGAGGUGCUGGUGGAUUCAUGGCCAGCGUUCAAAACGGUCCUGACCCGGCCACGCAGAGAAGUGGCGCGGGACCCAAGCGAUUAUUUCACCAACUUGUACACGGCCUUCUACCGGGACGAGGGCGCCUGCCGGGCCCUGCUGGAGAACAGCCGCGCUGUGGACUGGGGCCAGGCCUUCCAGAUACAGGGGGCCCCUGCUGACAGCGCACGGCUGUCCCUGCAGGACGGGGUAUACGAGACCAUCAGGGACAUCGCCAGGGCCAGAGGGCUUGAGAUGGAGACGUAUCCGUACCGGCCGCUGCUGCACCCAGACCCACCUGCCAUGCCCCAGUAUCGGCCUGACAAGGGACUCAGGCUGGCCCCCGUGUCCCCCGCCCAUGCCAUGCUGCUCAGAGACACCUGGAACUUUGGGAGGAACAGCUGGAGCCUGCGGUACCUGUGCCUCCUGAUCCGCCACUUCCCCAAUGCCUGCCUGCUGGCCCCUGAGGGGACCCCCAUCUCCUGGUCCCUCACUGACCCGCUGGCUGCCCUGACGCACGGUUACACCCUCCCGGAGCAUCGCGGCCAGCACCACACAAGGCCCGUGGUGGGGACGCUGGCGGCACAGUUGCAUGCCCGCGGCUUCCCUGUAUACACCCGAGUGCUGCCCCACAACGAGCCUUCACUGCACACCCUGCAACGCCUCGGCUUCCGCAUCCUGCCUGGGGUGUUCUACCAGCUGAUGGUGAGGCCUGGGUUCACCCAGUCCCAGUCAGCCAGUGCCCUGGCCUCGGCCCAGGAUCCUGCACCCAGCUCUGGGGAACGGCCACACACACAUAGCACAUAG